AUACUGACUAGCAUACUGCCAGCAUAAAUGCGCCACCACUACGCCUGCUUUUGACUGUAUUCCCUGUCGGAGUUUAAAUUUUUUCCAUUAUCAGAAACUGUCGACUACCCUUUCACUUUAUUUCCUUAUAGAGGCUGGGAUUUUUCUAACGUGUUUCGUCAUGCUCACAGCUCACCAAGCGUUUGAGAGGCUGUGAGUGCGACUGUUGGCAGGCCGGUAAAGUCUAAACAGCAGUUCGGAGAAGGAGUUACCCACGAGAAUGUAUUUAUCAAGACGGACUGAGUGAAUGAUAGCUAAUCACAGCCAUUCGGCCAACCCACCAGGCCGGGGACGCUGCAGGCUGCUGUGCCUGUGGCUGUGGCUGUGAUAACACACCGGAAACAGGUGCAGUUCAGAGGUGACUGAUUGACAUGUUGCCAGUGGUGGUGGUCCACGGAGGGGCGGGUCAUGUCCCGAGAGAGAGGUCAGAAAUGUCCAUUUCGGGGGUGUGUUCAGCAGCCCGGGCAGGCUACGCUGUCCUCCAGGGAGGGGGCAGCAGCAUGGAUGCUGUGGUGGAGGCUGUGAGCCAGCUGGAGAAUAACCCCUCCUUCAAUGCAGGGUGCGGAUCAGUGCUAAACAUCAAUGGAGAUGUGGAGAUGGAUGCCUUUGUGAUGGAUGGGAAAACGCUGGGUAAUGGUGCUGUGUCUACUGUACGCAACAUAGCCAACCCAAUCCAACUAGCGAGACUAGUUAUGGACAAGACAAAUCAUGCGUGUCUGACAGCAGAGGGUGCCAAUCGGUUCGCCCGGUCAAUGGGCGUCCCUGAGGUGCCCCAAGAGUCCCUCAUCACUGAGUACUCCCGAUGGCGCUGGAAACAAAACCUGGAACCUGAUGCCAACCCUGUGGAGUGCCAAAUGGGAAAGAUGGGCACAGUGGGAGCAGUGGCAGUCGAUAGUGAGGGUAACGUAGCCUGUGCAACCUCCACUGGUGGAAUCCUCAACAAGAUGGAGGGACGAGUGGGUGACACGCCCUGCAUAGGAUGUGGAGGUUAUGCUGACAACCAGAUAGGAGCUGUGUCAACUACAGGCCACGGAGAAGCCAUCAUGAAGGUUGUUCUAGCCCGACUCAUCCUGUUCCACAUGGAGCAAGGUCAGUCAGUAGAGGCAGCCAGUGAUUUAGGCUUGGCCUGCAUGAAGUCCAGAGUGGCAGGGCUGGGUGGGGUGAUCACAGUGGACCCUCAGGGCCACUGGACCGCUCGCUUCAACAGCCUGCAGAUGGCCUGGGCUGCAGCCCAGAGCGAUACCCUACACUAUGGCCUGUACGCUGGGGAGCGCUUCACCCAGAGCAUCGAUGAGACACAAUGACGAUUUUUGUUUUCUUUUCUUAUGGCACAAAAAUGUGUUGCAGUCAAGAGUACUUCCUGAAUGUCCAAAUGAAAAUCUAGAAUUUAAAGUGUUGAUCAAUUUUGAUUAAUUUUGAUACACAGAGUCUAUGUCAUCGGUUGUGUGAGUGGACUUUGUGAGGAAACAUACACAAAGACUCCACUGAUUGUCCACAUUUCCCCCCAUGAUGAAAUGAUCUCCAGUAUGCAGGCACCCCCCCCCCCCAAAAAAAAACA